GCCAUAAUUAAUUCAAGACCCAUAACGUAUGUCUACAAUGACCCUUCAGAACCCUCACCGCUAACUCCUGCUCAUUUUUUAAUUGGUAAACGUUUACUUUCUCUUCCAGUUACAAGAGUGUGCAGAGAAGACUUGAUUGGGUCUAGACAUUCCUUGAUCAAAAGGUAUAAACAUCAACAAACCUUGUUAAACCACUUUUGGAAUAGGUGGAGGAAGGAUUACUUGCUUUCUUUAAGAUCUGUGAAUUUAUGUCCACCUACUAAAGUGUCUGGUCAGUUUAAUGUUAAUGACGUAGUCCUUGUACAUGACGACCGUUUACCUAGGAAUUUGUGGACACUAGGUAAGAUAAUAGAAACUUAUCCUGGCAGAGAUGGUCAGGUUCGUUCUUGUCUCAUUAAAACUCAAACAGGUAAUCUAAAGAGACCAGUACAAUUGCUGUACAACCUUGAAGUGCAUAAUUAGUAGUAAAGAGUUACAGUGUAAUAAUCUAAUUUGUUGUUUGCACUUAUGUCAUCUUCUGAAUAUCUUUAUUGAUUGUUGCUAAAUGUAGUUUAGUUUAUAUAAUUCUUGCGAAUUUUGAUUUAGUA